CGGCCGUUCCCGACGGGCUGUACAGUUUCGCAACUACAUCGCUUUGGAUAAUCAGUGGCGUGUGGCGACCAACGUUCGCGGUUUAUCUGUGUGCACGUCCAGACUAAAUUUGUUCACCAGUGGCCAAAACUACGGAUUUACCCAGUGUUCAGUUCAGAGCUAUGGGAAUUACGUGAAACUUCCUCACUUAUAAGUGAUCAGUCAGCACUAGAGCUGUGGCUAAAUUCCUGGCAUCGAACGCAUAAUGCGUUUGCAAUGACGUCGCAACAACAUGGGCAUAUUCAUCCGAUUGUCCGCCGCGAAAUGGAGAGCAUACGCCUUUCUUCUAGUCAUCCACGUCCCGAUACUGCAAGGAGAAGAACAAUCCCAGUGUCCGAGUCUCUCAGAGAACCCCAUUUGUCCUUGUUAUAACUUUAAGGAAGGAUUAUUUCUGGAGUGCCCCAGCGCGAGUCCUGGUGUUGUAAAAAAUGUAUUGUCAAAGAUAAGGGGAACCAUCCAAUCCUUAUCAAUCUACGAUCUUGAGAGCUCAACCACAGAGUUGAAAGCGGACCUUUUCCCUUCAAAAAUAAAAGUUAACAAUUUACAAAUCUCGCAGUCAGCAGUACACAAAGUAAAUCCAACAGCUUUCAAUUCACUCCGCGAUACGCUGAUAUCUUUAAGCAUAAUUUCAAGCAAAUUAGACAGGAUCCCGAGUGAAGCAUUUUCCGAAUUGUUUCAUGUAGAAGCUCUUGAUUUACAGCUCAAUGACAUUAAAGACAUUCAAGCUAACGCGUUUAAAAAUCUCAAGUUGAAAAAACUAAAUUUAAAAGGCAAUAAAAUAGAAAACAUUUCUGAACAUGCACUACACAGCUUAGAAGAUUCUUUAAUUGAGCUGGAUCUCACGGAAAAUUAUCUCAGUGUUUUCCCAUUACAGACAUUUAAAAAACUAAACAAACUAAGUAUUUUAAGACUUGCUUGGAAUAGACUUAGUACGAUACCAAACGAUGUUAAUGCUAGUAUACCUAAUUUGCUAACUUUAGAUUUAACUUCAAACUUAAUAACCAAAAUAGAAAGGAACUGGUUUUAUUGUACACCGAAACUAAAAACUUUAAUAUUGUAUAGUAAUCAAAUACAAGAAUUAGACGAGGAAGCAUUUCACACUUUAGAAAAAUUAGAAACAGUGGAUCUUAGUAGGAAUAAAAUAAUAAAUAUAGGUAAGAAUACAUUUCAAAGAAACAAAAACAUUCGCACAAUAGACUUAAGUCACAAUCAUCUCCAUUACAUCAAGGGAUUAUUUUCGAAUCUCCAUUACCUCUCCGAAGUAUUUCUAUCUGAAAAUAACAUUCUUGAAAUAACAGACGAUGCGUUUCACAACGCAAUGGCUUUAACGGUUCUGAACUUAGAGCACAAUGCAUUACAACAUUUGCACCCAAACUGUUUUACUACAUUACAAAACUUAACACAACUUCAUAUGGGAACAAAUUUUUUGAAUAAACUUCCUCGUAAUAUAUUUCAGUCCAACCGUAAAUUAAUAACUUUAAGUUUAGAUAAUAACAAAAUUAACGAACUAGAUGAAUUAAUAUUCGAAAAACUCAUGGAGUUAAAAGAAAUACGCUUGCAAAAUAAUAAGUUGAGCCACAUCAAGCGAAAUGUCUUUAGUCCAUUACCUGGACUCCAGGAACUACAUUUACAAAACAAUAUUAUACAGAACAUUGAUUCCCAUGCAUUUAUCACACUGAGAAGUCUCCAUCACAUAAAUUUACAAGGUAAUCGAUUGACUACUAUAGGUGACGUGUUCCCAAAUAGGAAUUCGUCCUUAGUUUCUAUACAACUCAGUGUUAAUUACUUGUCAUUGCUGAAAAACAGUUCUCUUAGAGGACAAGUCAACGUGCAAAUAAUGUGGCUCAGUGAAAACAACAUCAAACUACUUACGUCUAACCUUUUUAAUGAUCUAACUAACAUUCAAUGGCUAUACUUAAAAAACAAUAGUAUUGUACAUAUUGAAAAUAAAACUUUUACGCAUUUGAAAAAGUUAAAGUAUUUAGAUCUAAGUAACAAUAAACUUAUGAAACUAAGCAAUGAAACAUUUUAUAAACUUGUAACGAUGGAAGAACUGUAUCUACAAAGCAACAAUAUAAAUCAAAUCGCAAAAGACACCUUCCAAUUCUUAAUGAAGUUAAAAGUUUUAGAUCUUUCCCAAAAUGAAAUCAUUGUUUUAGAUUUUGAUAUUUCGUCUCUGCCAAUCAAACAACUCCGACUUAAUAAAAACUCAAUAUCAAUUAUUGAAGCGAACUCCCUGAAAACUUUGCCGAAUUUAAACGACUUACAAAUGAACAACAAUCUCUUAACUUGGGAAGACGUCAUUCAAGUGCAAAUACCUGGCCUCAAGUCCGUAAUAUUUUCAAAAAACAACUUCACUUUAGUGGGAAACAAAACGUUCUCCCAUUUACCCUCGUUACAAGCUCUGUCAUUAGAAAUGUCAAACAUAUCUCUAUUGCCUCCAGCGAUAUUUAUUAAAAACCAGAAUCUUCUCCGAAUAAACUUAGCUUUUAAUAAUCUGAGGGAUUUGCACAAAGAUGUGUUCGCUUAUACGACAAUAUUGCAAGAAUUGAAUCUGAGUGGUAAUAAUUUUUCCGAUUUUCCUCACGUGGCGCUGUUUAAUAUCACGUCUCUGGAAGUUUUGGAUUUAUGUCACAACCAACUGCAAAGCGUCGACUUCUUUAAAUUCAUAGGACUACAAAAUCUUCGUACAUUGAGUUUGUGUAAUAACCGUAUUUCGAUGUUGAAUGGAUUUAAUUCCCCUGCUCUUAAAAACUUAGUCACUUUGAACUUAAAUAAUAAUAUGUUGACAGUUCUCCCACCGAAUUUUUUUCAACAUUCAAUAGGUUUAAAAGAAAUAGAUUUAUCUAAUAAUAUUUUUAGGCAUAUUCCUAGUGAUGGUUUUUCAGAAACAAUACUACCGACUCUAAAAACGUUAAACAUGUCAUCUAAUUUAUUAGAGCAAUUGUUGCAAACAUAUCCAUCAAAAGAAUUUCCUCUAUUAGAAGAAUUGAUAGUAACGAAUACUAACCUAUCAAUAAUAACGAGUAAAGACUUCGAGAACUUUCCAAUGCUCAAAACGUUGAUACUAACACGGAAUUCUAUUAAUCGGCUUUCGCCUGGUGCAUUUUCAAAGCUACAUAAAUUGGAAAGACUAGAUUUAAGUCAAAAUAAACUGGAAAAUAUUCCAAGGGAGAGGCUGCAAGGAUUGUAUUCAGCACGUAUUCUCAAUAUCUCACAUAACACGAUACGGGAACUGGAGGAGCUUACAUCAGACUUACAAAGUUUACAGAAACUGGAUAUUUCAUUCAACCACAUAACAAGACUAAAUAGAGAUACAUUUCGGGGUCUGCAAAGUCUCACGGAGUUGUACUUGAGUAAUAAUUGGCUGUCAAUCGUGUCCUCGGAGGCGUUCCGAAGUCUCAACAAAAUUACACUUGUCGACUUGAGCCACAACUACUUCGAAGUGAUACAAAUGAAGAUGCUGAGAUCUAUAGAGACACAGAUCAAGACGUUAUCCUUAGACGAAAAUCCGUUGACAUGCAACUGCGAGUCACAAGAUUUAUGGAAAUGGAUGCAGGACCAUUUUAAAAUUGUUUUGAAAACCAGUAGCAAUUUGCGGUGUGAACACCCCGAAGAGCUUCACGGAUACAGUUUUAUCGAACUUUCUUCUCAGAAACUGUGUGAUUUGCCCAUUAUCACACGAAUCGCUAUACAAGAUAUCCAAACUUAUUCGGUAGUCGUAUCUUGGCAAAGUCGCAACCUAACUGGCUUGAACGGAUAUCAAGUGGCUUACUUUGGAGAGCAAACCCCUGCCAUCAUUCGGGGGAAAAUCGUAAAUGCAUCGCACAGAUCGACGAGGCUAAAUCAUUUGACACCAGGUUCUCGGUACACCAUUUGCGUCAUGGCGUUAGGCAACUUCGGUAACUUUGCGUCUUCGUCUUCAACCCUUCCAGGUGCGAGGAUGGCAAGUGCAGAUAGUGCACAUUUGUACGCUGACGAACAAAUGUUCAAUCACCUUCGGCCAUAUAUGAACGAUUCGCUUACUAGUAAAUGCACCAGUGUUGGAACAAUAGAAAUCUUCGGGGCUGCAUUUGAGAGUCCUUUUUCGAAUACGUACAUGGGCAUUGCAGAUAUAUUAACCAGAAGACUAAGUUUGGUUGUGGGCUGUUGUAUUGGCUUCAUUGUGUUCGUUGUGUUAGUGUCCGCUCUAGGAUAUAUAAAAACUAAGAAACGUCCCGUCGUUGCUAAAGUAGAGACUCAACAGGCUCCGCAAUACAUUUCUUAUGACAAUUUUUCCACGCCCAACGUAGAAGUGCAAACAACAGAUAUGGAUAUCAAUACAAUUUCCGACAAAGCCAAGCCCCAAUGCAAUAGGGAGUAAGCUAAAGCUGCUGAAACUUGAGAAGCACGUAAAAAGCGAAAGGCGAUUCGGAUUUUACCGAUUUGAUUCCCUUGUGAAUAGAGCCCCAAGUAGGUAAUGCCACUCACGUUGGAGCGAAAUGAUUUUGUGCGUUCGUCUUCCAAACUUGUUCCGGGAGUUUGGCAGAAUGAAUUAUUACUACUACGAGCUUGUCAAUAACGAAAUGUGUGAUAAUCGAAAAAGUUUCACGUCACCAAGGUUACCUUUUCCAUUACGUAUGAUUUAUGUUGAAGAUGGAAUAUAGACAUUACAUUUCCCUUUUUUAUUGCACAGUUCUGUACAGUAUUAAUCAUAGUAGAUAGGAAUAUUUUAAGCGGACUAAUAUCAUAAAGUACUCUUAUGAAGGGCUAUCCGUGUAGGCAUAAUACGUUUUGUACUUUAAGGUAAAUGAAUAAAACUGGCGGCCUAAGAUGUGGCUAGGAAGACUACCCAUUGAAAACAACUGCCAUUUUUGAAUUAUUGGACCCGCUCGUAAAAACUCCGCAAAAUUCUGUUUUGUACAAAUUUUUUCAGCUCUUCUUGUACCCCUUAGUUAACGUGUACCCUACCGGUUUAGUUAUCAUUCUAUCUGAUGUCGCUUUGAUUAAUUAAUGGAUAUUGUCUAUUUUGUAACCAAUAUUAUUAAACCUCAACUUGAAACACUUAAGACAUACUGUUAUCCCUUUCAAGAUUAUAAAGUUCGAAGAGGUGGCAAUGUAUUUAGAACUGUCUAGUGGGAGUUCAAAAAUAGGUCUUGAUUAUAUUGUUCUAUUCAAGCUUUACAUUGUGUUGAAACGUUUAACGUUAUUUAUACAAUUUUUAUUAAUAUCAUUAAUACUUUAUUAAAUUUAUUAUCAUUCAACGAACGUGGUUAUAAUCACGAUUGUAAAAUGUAACUUAAGAUAAGGAGUUGUGUAAAAUAAUGUAAAAAUACUAACUUUGUUAGCCGUUAAUAGAUAAUAAAGGUCAUUUUUGAAUGUUAUCAUAAGAAUCGAAUAUUUGCGAGUAUAUGCAACAAAAACUCCAAUUUGUGGGUCUAUUAUUACUUACACGUGCUGAAAGGAAUAAAUUUGCAUGUAACUAAUUUACGCGUUACCUGCUUGUGUAUUACAUUACACGCUUUGUAUACUUUCACAACGUCACUUAAAUACAUGCAGAACCAAAUUUUCGCUAUGGGAACAGCAGGCUGCGAAUCUGACUGAGUGCUGAUCAACACCAAAGUCUGUUGUUAAGACGAAGUUUAGAACGAGUCGGAUCUUAAAGCGUUAUGUACAGAAAGCCCGACCGUCUGCGGUAUUGUUCUUCUUUUUCUUAUCGAUGGCAUACACAGUAAUGUUUACCAUAAUGGUGAAAUGCUCUGCCAAUCGGCGUGCACUAAAUUAACAAACACGAAAAGGGAAUUCCCCGUACGGCGUACCAUUGCUUUCUUGCACACCUAGUGCAUUCUGGGCUACGUCGCCAACAUCUGAGCUGAAACUAUCUCCGUGGCUGAAAAAUCGGCUGAGAUCAUAAUUUUCAUAUUAUAAUGACCAUUUAGAUCGGUAUCAUAAAAUACAGAAUAUUUUUUUCACAUUUGAUCAGCUCGAUUCUCAGAUGACCAUUUUAAAAGUAUUUGAUUGCAGAAUAUCAUACUUUUAAAUAUAAAAUAAGUCUCCAUCAAGUAUUUUAUCUACAAUAUUUAAAGUAGUUUCCCUCUGUGCCGUAUAGCCGUGGGGCAAACUGUAUAUAACUUUAAAUGUCUUCUUAUUGUCGAUGGUAUUCGCUAUAAUGCUUGCCAUCGUGGUGAAAGGAUUUGUUAAUCGGCAAAAGGCAUUCGCCGAUUGUUGCCCAGGGUGUACCAGACAUACGAGUAUAUGCGCCCAGUUACAUGAGGUGAAAGUUUUCGGGCGACCGCCCGGUCACCACGCCUUCAUGUACAUAAAUGGCGAAACUGAAUUCUAUUCACUAGGCAACAACAUUUAAAUUCAUCUGAAUUGUACAACCGGGCGGUCGCGUAGAUCAAAUUCAAGCCAGACUCGCUCGCGUGCCCGGAACGCUCAUUUAAGUUAAAACGUAAAAACUAGACAAACAGAGCGUAUUUUGCCAAGGCAAUUAGAAGCACGCGGUCGCUCCGCGGCGGCAACGUGGACCCCGCUCUUCGACCGC